AUGGAUCAAGCGGCAAACCUCACAAGUGGCACAGGAGCGACUCUCGCCGCAGUCCUUCAGCAUUGGCAGCACAAGGCAGCGCCUCGAAAGGCAGGAGUUGAACCUCUACCAGACGAGCCGAAAAGAACAUACAAAGGCACCAAGGUCGACAUCACCGAAUUGCAGCCUUCUACACCCAGAACACCCAACAAGACCUUCUCGGAACCCCCGAUACGAGAAUGGCCCCACGAACCAGUUCCCAUCACAAACGAACCCAUUGUCGAGCGGUGUUUGGAUGCAGUCGAUGUGAUAUUAUGUCUACUGCCUUGUGUCCUCAUCAUGAAAGCCGGACUCUGUGUCCUAGCUUCCGAGGUUGACAAGACGCAUGUAGGGCCCUCGAUCGACAAGACCAGCCAGCUGACGCUCCGCCUGAUCGAAUUCAACAGCCAGCUCACCACCAUAUUUACAAUCAUCUUCAUCGUUAUUGUCUCCACGACAGUGCGGCGGUACGCCCUGUGGAAGGCAGAAAAGGGGGCCACGCUGGGGGAGAUCGAGCAACUGCACGCAUCCAUCAGCUUAACAGCGACCCUCAAGGCCAUAUGGUCGCUGCGGAGAUUCACCUUGACCGGCGUGUCAUUAGUCUUUCUCUGGUCUUGGUACUACGUGGGAUCGCAGGCCGCGACGAGGGAGUACUCGUACCGCGAUUCGGCCAGCUUUGGGACUCAAUCGGUUGCAUUUCUCAGUUCACAUGCGGUAUCUCCAUUCCAAGGCGACCAGAUCGACAUCGACAAGGUCUCACCUGUUAAAUUGACCGACAUGACCGCGCGAUAUCACUUGUACAGUUCGUUUACGGCGGGGACCCAGAAGACCAACGUUCAAGGAGCCAGGGAAGUACAAGGAGCAGACAUCUACGGAGCCACUCUGACUCCGUGGUACGGCCCUGCCCGCGACAGUUCUUCGCUCGAAUUCGACCGUCAUGGAUGGCUGGAGAUUCCACACAUGUCCGACCAGCCCGUCAUGUCGUCGAUCGGGACGUCAUUGUACUGGAUGAACCAGACGGCUGGGGCGAAUGCCUGGACACCGCAGAAGAUGGUGGGCUCUUUCACCUACCAAGUGUCCAACUUCCAAGCGAACUGCACGGCGCCAUUCCUGUCCAUCAAGGCCAAGCCAAAGGGGUCGCUGCCCGCGGUGUCCACCACGAUGAACAUGACCGCCAUGCCGUCGGACGCGACCAAACCCCGCGAAUUGUAUUUCUGGAACUGGGUCAACGACACUCACAGCCUGACGUCUACCUGUGAGAUGACCAAUGUGACCGUCCAGAUCGAGGCCAUCUGCACAGCAGCGACCUGCAAGCCCACGCGCAUGAAGCACAUCAGCUCCUCGCCCCGAACACUGCUCGAUUCCGACGUCUUUGCCAUGCCCUUUAUCAAUUCGCUGCUCCUGGCGUGCGGCAUGCCGCAGCGCGAGGGCGACUACUCGACAUUCGACAGCGACAACGGCCUCGUCGACCUCAAGAACGACCUCAGCCAAGACGACCUCAACACUCCCGCCCUGCUCGAAAAGGCUAGCGCGGCCGCCCAAUUCCCACUGUCAAUGGCCAUCACGCGAUACAUGAACACGUACUUUACGUCGUCGCAGAUGUUGCGCUACGAGAGCAAUUUCCAGGACGAUCUGGCCGUCAAUGGCUCCCUGGCGCUGAACAACAACUCGGACUUUAGUUUCCUGAGCAUGGACGGCGCCGUCUACAACCCGCAAUACUCCCUGUCGUGGCCGUGGCUGGUCAUGGACAUGGUCUCCAACGUCGUCCUCCUCGCUGCGGGGCUGGGCGCGCUGUGGCUUAGGAAGCACACCCUGGCACCCGACAUCUUCGGGUUCGUGAGCAGCUUAACGCGAGACAACCCGCACCUGCAUCUGCCCGAGGGAGGGAGCACGCUUUCGGGCAUUGAGCGCAGCAGGAGGAUGAAGAUGGUCAAGGUCAAGAUCGCGGACGUGGGAGAGAACUCGAGUGUGGGAAGAGUCGGCCUGACGCAGGUCGAUGGACUGGAGGACGCGAAGGACUUGGAAAAGGGGAGGACGUACUACUAAUGAAAACUCCCCAGGGAAACUUGUUUGGCAGGCAAAUGAAGACAUAUUAAUCAUAAUGACAC